CUGAGGUCGAGCAAACGAGAAGAUGAUGUGUGCAAGGACGGGCAUCCUGGUUAAUGGCUUCUCCUUCUCCCACAACAGACAAGGAAAUACCAGGAAACUCGGACCCCGUUCGAUCAGAAAACAAUCAACAGGCUUGUCCAUCAAGAGUUGCAGAGUGGAUGGCAACUCAUGGAGCAGUGUUGAUUACGAUCUCUAUGAGUUGCUCGGCGUGGAUCCUCACUCAGACCAAUCCGUCAUCCGGGAAGCAUACCGGUCACUGCAGAAGCGGUGCCAUCCCGACAUCGCCGGGCCGGCCGGCCAUGACAUGGCCAUAAUUCUCAACCAGGCCUACUCCCUCCUUUCGGAUCCACUUUCUCGGCUUCUUUAUGAUCAGGAACAAGCAAAGAUGGUGGAGUUCAAUGGGUAUACAGGGAACCCGGUCUACUCGGUCUGGAUGGGCUCGGAGAAGGAAGACCGGGCUGUGUUCGUAGACGAAGUCAAAUGCGUCGGGUGCCUGAAAUGUGCACUCCUUGCUGAACGGACUUUUGGCAUCGAGUCAGUAUACGGCCGAGCCCGGGUUGUAGCCCAGUGGGCCGAUCCAGCCCACAUCAUAGAAGAUGCUAUCAGGGCAUGUCCAGUUGACUGCAUCUCUGUUGUGAAAAGAUCAGACCUGGCUGCCCUGGAGUUCCUCAUGUCCAAGCAACCACGUGGUAAUGUGAGAGUGGGUUCAGACGGCACGGCGGGGAAACGCGUUGCGAAUGUGUUCGUCGACGCCAACAAAUUCCAGAGCAGGUUCAAGGAGAUGAAAGAAAAAGCCCAGAAACCACACUCACAGCAGCCUGAUCCCCAAAGAGCAGCGAGAAUGGCAGCUAUUCAAGCAAUCAAAUCAAUCUCAGGUUGGUGGCAGUUCCAGUCCUUCGUAACCACAAAAAACAAGAGAAGGAACAACGUUCAUGGCACUCCAGGUACCAUUGUAAGAACAAGAAGGCUACUGCCAGGAACGGACAAACUUAGAGAAGCUGCAGCAAGGCGCCGUGCUGGGGAGGACGUAGGAAGAACAUAUCGCAAGAAGACAACCUCGUUGGUUGAUGAGGAGUAUUGGACCCCAAUGCGCACUCUUCCAGCUCCAAUCCAGAGCUGCGAGUCCACUCGGAGUCAUGAACAAGUUACUCAAGUAGAGACAGAGAAUGUGAACAAUCUUGAAGGGAAGAAUCAAUCGAGGCAACCCACAGAAAAACAUAGAGAUCACAGGAUCACAAUUAUCCCACUUGUUGCAGCUGGAAUUGCAGCUAUAGUUACCCGAUUAGAUGGAGGAAGCAGCAUGAGCAGUGGCCUAAAAGAGCAUCUAGCUGGGGCAACGGCAUUGCAGAUCGUAAAUAGCUUGUGGUUGCAGGUUUUCUUAGCCGCAACUACCUGGUAUGUUGUUGGGUUCAUGGUGGUAUCCCUUGUCAGCAGCGUCCAAAAACAAAGAUCGGAGUAACCGCCCCAGAAGAUCUCGCAGACAUACACAAAAUUUCCUGAUAUAUGUUCAUCAGACAGCAAGGCAGAGAAGCAUCAGAAGACCGGAAGAACUGGCAUAGGAUGCCGACAUACAAAUAUACGUGUGUAAACAAAUGAACAUAGGCAUACUUUUAUACAUUAAUGAAACUGUGACGUUUAAAAGAA